AUGCCUUCUACGUUACCGAGGUUCAAGUACAGUAUCCUUACAGAUGACGUGUGGUACGGUAUGCUGAACGAACGUAACGCAUCAUCCACCGUUGUCGCCAACAAUUGGCAUGAACAUCAGACCGCCGCCGCCGCCGCUGCCGCCGCCGGAGCGGCGGUAAAUGGCGCCAUUUCGCCGACUAUAGCCGACGAAUCGUUGGGACCAUUUAUGGAAUCGGUGACACUAGCCGGUAUUCUACUGCUGCUCAUACUAUUCUGUGUUAUCGGUAAUUUAUUCGUUCUCGUUGCUAUCGCAUGGGAACGCGAUUUACGAGGACGUCCACAAUAUUAUCUGAUAUUCUCGUUGGCAGUAGCAGAUCUGGUGGUCGGCCUGAUAGUUACUCCACUUGGCGCGUAUUCGACAGUAGCAGGAGAGUGGCGGUUUGGCAUCACGUUAUGUGAUAUAUGGAUUUCUGUCGAUGUGAUCGUAUGCACAGCUUCGAUACUGCAUUUAGUGGCUAUUGCUUUAGACAGAUAUUGGUCUGUGACCGAUAUUAGCUACGUACAAAAUAGAACACCGAAGCGUAUAGUGAUAAUGUUGGCGAUAAUCUGGAUGACGUCCGUAGUGAUUAGCUUAGCACCAUUUGCCGGUUGGAAAGAUGAAGGAUUCAAGGAUCGUGUACUACGACAGCAUGUAUGUCUCAUAAGUCAACGGAUCAGCUAUCAGGUGUUUUCCACCGCGACAGCAUUCUAUAUUCCAUUGAUAGCGAUAAUAUGUAUAUACUGGAAAAUUAUGAGAGCCGCAAAGAAGAGGUUCAAAAGAGAACGGGAUCGACGUACCAUUAUACGUCAACCAGAAGAACAGCAAAACGAAAAAUCUGCACCACUUAUUCUGAAAAAGAACAAAAAGCCGUCAUCAAAAGCACUUCAAAUCCCAUCGCCACCAACAAUGGUGACAAAUGUAGAAAAAAGUGAAGAUUUUAGGAACAAAAAGGGAAUAACAGCAGACUCAUCAACAUCAACACAAUCCGAAGAGGGAAAUGCUAAUCAUAACGUACCCGAGCAAGAGACUAAACUCGAUGACAUGGUGCAGAAAGGAAAUGGAAAGAAAAAACAUCCAGUGAAAACUGUGAUCAUAAAGAAGAAAAGGAGAAAAGAGAAUGCGGAAACGAAACGUGAACGAAAAGCAUGGCGCACAUUGGCCAUAAUUACGGGUACUUUUGUCGCAUGCUGGACACCAUUCUUUCUUGUCUCAUUGUAUCGUCCAAUUUGUGGUUGUACCAUACCACGGCUUUUGGAAACGGUUACGUCUUGGCUAGGUUACCUGAAUUCAGCGCUCAAUCCGAUUAUCUACACUGUCUUCUCGCAAGAUAUGCGUGCCGCCUUCAAGAAAAUUCUGAAGAAAAUCUGUUUACUCAAGGAGAAUUAGACUUUUUGAGCAUGUCUCAUCAAUAUGCUCAUAAAAUGCGAUACGAUUACGAUCUCUGCCAAAUUUGUACUAAUGAGUGCUUGCCACAAAGCUUCCAUUCGCCGUAUGUGCCAUUGUGACUAAGCUCCAAUGUUUUCAUGUUUUAGCCUCACGUAGAAAUUUUUUGUAAUUCCAUACGUUGCUUGUUUUUUUUUUGGUUUAUGAGUGUAUCACUAUAGCUGGUAGAGAUCAAUUGCAUUGUGUAAAAACUGGGAUGAGUACGG